UUGCAACCUGACAAAUGAUAUUUGGCUCUGCUGGUUACAUUGGUCGCCUGCAAAUUGCCCAGCACACACAUUGUUUUGUUGUUGUGGUGAGCGGUUGGUUAGCUUGUACGCAAGUUCGCAAGUUCGCAUUUGUAACGUUGAUGACGGCGGUGAAAAGCAACGUUUGGCUCUGACUUUUUCGCAUUAAAGUUUUGUAAUGUGUUUGAGUGGAAAGUCGCGCAUGAAAGCCUAGAAAAAGUUUUCCCAAAAAUAAUUGCAAUACACAGAAAAAUUAAAAAUAAAAUCGACCAUUUCAAUUCAAAACUGUGUUUUGUGCGUGUGUGUGCUCAACGUAAAAAAGAACAACAUUUUGUUGUUGUGUGCUGCACAAAGCUGCAGUGUUUAUUGGUCGAGUGUGCGAUUUUUAUUGCGAGAGCUCGGGGAAAUUUGUGUAAAUCGAUUCAUAUAGGAGAAAAUUGUAGAGAAAGGAUUUUAAGUAAAUACAAAACGUGAAAUUCUUUCUCUGCGAAAAACAAGUGAAAAAUAUACACAAUAUAAGUACAACUUUAUUUUGUGCUAAUUGGAAAAAUAUGCACUAAUAAGAAAGUUAUGUUGCUGAAAGUGAAGUAAAGAAACAAAUUGCUCAUUGUGUCUUGCUUAUGUUGUUGCUACAAUUGCGACGCAACGUUGUUUUCGCUGCCAACAACUUUUAAUUCUCUACACUAAAUGAAAAAUUGCCUUUUGGAUGGUAAAUAUCUGCAAAGGUUAAUAACACCAUAAAACACAAAUUUUGCCGAAAUAAAGAAAUAAAAAUAAAAAACGAAAACGAAAACAUAAAAACGCGUUUUUGGUGACAUUCUCUUUGGCGGUACACAGUAACAGCGAUAAUGUCGACAACUUCGUCUAUUGAAACACCCACAUCGCCGAGUGCACCAUUGCCAACCCAUCAAUCACACCAUAACCACAACCAUCACCGGCAUCAACAUCAACCGCAACAACAUCAAUACCAACAUCAGCAUCAUCCGCACCAGCACACGACCACGGCGAUUGUUGUCAGCGCUGGCGCUGGCACUGGCCAUCAUCACACCAAUACGGCCAAUAAUUUCACUCACUUCAGCCGUCAUCGCACCCACUCGUCCUCAUCUUCAUCGAAUAAUUCUUUUAGUGGCGUCACUGGUGUUGCCACCAACUCCAUGAAGUCUGGCGCGGCAGUAGGUAACACCAAUAAUGGCAAUGGCAAUGCUAAUGGCAACGGCAACGGUAAUAACUAUAAACCAAAUAACAGCAAUGACGGUAGUGGUGGUAGUAGCUCCAGUGGUGGCAAUGCGGGCAACAUACACAAUCAGUCGACACACUCACUACUGACCCCGUCAUCGUCAACAUCCUCGUCACCUUCAGUAUCGGCCUCGGCCUCCACUUCGGCUGCUGUGCAUCACUCACAUCCGUACCAACAACAUCCCCAAUUGCAACAGCAACAACAGCAGCAGCAGCAGCAACAACAACAAUACACUUCAUAUACACAACGCGGCGUUGCAAGGCCAUCAACGUCAUUCUCGACCCCGGACGGCACUGUAACCGCUGUGGCCGUCACCACCACCAUCUCGACGAACACACCGGGCAGCAUGAAGCGCCAUCACACCGACGUAUCGGUGUGCUCGUCCGGUUCAUCGUCGUCUUGCUGCUCUAGCACCGGUUCGGUUUCGGCAGUCGGAGUCAUGGGCGCCGCUGGCUCUACAGUGAAUGCUGCCAUCGUAACUACACCGUCGGUGGUAAGCAGCAAUGGCGGUGCAGUGAUUACGCAGAAAUUGAGCAGGACAAUUCCAUCAGAUAAGAUAAAUUUACGUUUAAUACUCGUUAGUGGCAAAACAAAAGAAUUCCUAUUUAAUCCAUCAGAUUCGGCUGGUGAUAUCGCACAAACAGUAUUCGAUAAUUGGCCUGAAGAUUGGGAGCGUGAAGCCGUCUCCAAGGCCGAAAUAUUACGUCUCAUAUAUCAAGGUAGAUUUCUACAUUGCAAUGUAACCUUAGGCGCACUGGGACUUCCGCUGGGCAAAACGACUGUUAUGCAUUUAGUGCCGCGUGAUAAUUUGCCAGAACCCAAUUCGCAAGAUCAAAGGCAGAAAAGUAAAGGCGGUUCCAGUAGAUGCUGUUCAACGACAUGCUGUAUUUUGUAACUAAAUUAGCUCAUAGUAAAUAAAUUAAUCUAAAUAUAUUAUAAUAAUUAUAAUAAAUACAUACAUACAAAAAAUCCAAAAAAAAAAAUAAAAGAGAAACGGAAGAAAGAUAUAUUUUCUAAUAAAUGAAAUAAACUCAAUAACCGAGCAUAGUUUUAAAUCAAAACUAAAUAAUAAUAUUUAAAAUAAUUAAAAUAAAAUUGAUAUAAAAGCGUAGACGUGAAUUUAGCGGAACGUUUCAAAUGUGAAGAUUGCGAAACCGAGCAGCGUAGUUGGCAAAUUUUUAAAACAAUAGUGAAAAUUAAUAAAAACAAAAACAAAAAAAAAUUAUGCAGAAAACUGAAAAAUCGGAGCACGACGCAAAAAAUAAAAAUAAAAAUAGCAGUUAAUGAGUAAAAAAUAUAUAUGAAAAACACAAUAACAAUAACAAAUUAUAAGCAACAGUUAUGUAAGUCAGUACGCAUAAGUGUAGGAUACUAAGGGAACUUAGAGGUUUACAGGUUGCCGAACAGGUUGGUGAAAUGAACUUGUGCGGAAUGGGUUAUAAUAUUUAUAUGAUAACACAAUAUUACCAUAUAUACUAACUGAUAAUAUUUAAAUACUUCUAUUUAUGUAAUGUAACGUGUGCAUUCGGCAAGGGAUGGCAUGACAUGUAAUUGUAGAUAUACAAAUAAUAUUUAUGUUAAUAUUGUAAAAGUAGUGAAUUACGAAGAGCCGAGUUUUCAAGAUAUGCAAUUAAGUCUGGGCGAGUUCAGUUUUAAAAAUAAUACAAAAUGUAACGGUGUAUGGUAAACGGUAAAUGCAAAUUUUGCAAAUGUCUAAAUGCUAACUGCUAAAUAACGGUGGUAUUGAGUGAGAGCGUUGAAACAAACGAGAGAUGACAGUGGAAAGAUGGUUGGAUAGGAAGCGAAGCGGUGUAGUGAUGAGGUGAAAUUGUAUUUAGAUAUUGCGUUAUUCCUUCCAUUUUCAUUCAGUUGUUAUUGUAAAGUGUUUGCUAGCUAAAUUUUACUUUAAAUUUACAUUUAAAAAUAUAUAGAUAUACAUACAUAUAUAGGAUUUACCGUUACAAUCGAGCUGUAUGUGAUUGAUGAUUGUUUGAUUGAUUAUCUGCUUUAUAUGAGUAAUACCACGGCGCUUCGAAACAAAAAAAAAAAUAAAAUAAAAAAUGAAAAAAACAAAAAAAAAAUCACGAAAGCGGUCAAUAGUAAAUGCGAAAAAAAGGGAUUAUAGGAAAUGCAGCAUAUAUAAUAAGGCAAAUGGAAGCAGAAAAACCAAUGUAGAUUUGAGCGAGAAGAUUCGAGUUAUGUUGUAUGUAUUUAGUAUGGUAUUUGCACUGGCAACUGUUUGUGUAGCUGAUUUAUAUAUAAAUAUAUAUAUAUUAUAUGUCUGUAUGUAAUUAAAAGUGUUAUUUGUAUAUUCUGUUAAAUCGACGUUCUUUUUUGGAUAAACACUACAAAAACCAAAAGAAAAGAAAAAUUGCAACAAAAAAAAACCAAAACAAUAUAGCAAUUCUCGCUGUAUGACUUUCACCUUACAAACAUACACACGGUUGCAUGUAUGUAAAUUAUUAAAUGAAUUAAAUUAUUACAAAAUAAAUACAAUAAUAAUAAUAUCAUAUAAAUACAAAGCAUACUAGCCACGUGAAAUAAAACAAAUAAAAUGCAGCCGCGUUAAAUAAACAAACAGCAAAAAGAAAGUUAAGUAAUAAAAAAAAAAUUAUGGCAAACACACACACAAAUUCACAAUAAAAAAAUUUACAAUAUGUUUCAUAAUUAUAUGACAAAGCUCUAUGUACAUAUAUACAUGUAUUGCAUAAAAAAAAUCAGGAACUUACCAAAUAACAGUAAAAAAAAAAUAAAGCGGUAAACAAAAACAAUACAUAAUUAAAUAAAAAUAAAAAAAAUUAUAUAUAUUAUAUUACAAAUCAAAUAAACAAUAGUCAAAAAUGCUAAUUUAGUGUUCAUUGCCGUGUUUAUAGUUACACCAACAACAAAAACAAAAAUAAUUUUUAUGUGAAAAAGAAAGUUAAAAAAAUAACAUAUGUUACAAGUAAAAAAAAAAUCGGUGAUGCCGAAAAAUAUGUGCAAAAAAUUGUUUUAAAAUGUAAAUUUUAUUUUCUUCUAUAAUUCAUUUGUCCCUGCCAAAACUUAAAUUGUUCAAAAAAGAAUAAGAAUAUACGAUUAAUACAGAGCAAAAAGUGUAUAAUAAUCGGAAGAUAUCAGUUAUUUUUGCUGAAUUUCAUCGAUUUUGUUAUAUUAUCUGUCUCAUCAAAUCGCAUUUUAACGAUUUUUAUUCAGUUCCAAAAAGGCGCAUAUCGCUCAUUUUGUCUUAAUCUCUCUCUUUUUAAACUCCAAAUGUAUCCCGAACGUUCCACUCAUUUAAAAAAUAUACUUUUAUUCAAUUAUGACAAAAAAUUAACAAAACUCUCAUCUUGAGCCCAGAGUCUCUUGUUGCUCUUUAGCUACCUUACAUAUAUUAGUUUCAUGAAAUCUACGAAUAUUUUCUGUCAAUGAGAUUAAAGGAUAAAUUUUCGAUAAUUUUUCCAACGAUUGUCAUUCGAUUUAAAAUAUUUUAGAACUAAUGACAAGUUUCAGAAUCGACCUCUUAACUUUGUUUCCGAAUUUUUAGCCAUUUAUUGGAUCCUAUUUAAUAAUUAUGUCUGUAUAAUUCUGAAGAUAACAUUAUCACUUUCUUCAGAUGGUUUCACGUGCAAUAUAUUGCUGAAACUGGUAUAAAUACUUUUUCAAACAAUAUUCUUGAUAUUCUUAUUCGUCGUAAUAUCAGAGAAUCCAGAAAAAAAUCUGUGGACACCAUGUGUAUUGUAUCUUGUUUCUACAGUGUUGAUAUGGUUUAUUGUUGUCCAAAACACAUUUCUGCUCAUUUUUCGCUACUUUACUUACAAUCGUCCUUACGAUCUUUAUGAAAAAAAUUAUCUCAAUUUUCACAGACUUCUGCUAAUUUUUCUAUUGCCAAACGGUUGGGAAUUGCAACCAAUCGUUUCAUAGGAAAUGUUGAAUAUUAUUUAAUGAGAGUGGAUUACUAUUGAAAUAAAAAUUCAACCGAAAGAUGAGACCUUUUUUCUGCUAAAUUAUUUUCGUAAAAAAUGUUGUCCUUCACAACACUGUCAAGCUCUUAUAGCUCUCAUUGUCGUAAAUAACCUCAACU